AUGGCUCAACCAACUGAACCGCCAAAACUUGGCUUUUAUGUUUAUUUCUUGGCCUGUAUGGCAGUUAUUGGUGGUUUUUUCUUUGGCUAUGAUUGUGGAAUAAUGUCUGGAGCAAUGCUGUAUCUGCCAGAUUACGAUGGUAUGAAACCAAUGACUGCUAUAUGGAAGCAAGUUUUAGUAAGCGUUACACCAGGUUUGGCUAUCAUUAGUUCAUUAGCAGCUGGGCCAUGGUCUGAUAAAUACGGCAGAAAAAAAAUUAUUUUGGCUUCUAGUUUUUCACUGACUGUUGGUGCAAUCCUCAGUUGUGCUGCAACUGAAAAAAUAUGCCUUCUUGUUGGACGAGUUCUUAUUGGCAUUGCUAUUGGAUUUGCUUCAAUGAUCGGUCCAGCAUACGUUGGAGAAGCAUCACCGGCAAAUAUUCGUGGUACUUUAGCCACCGGUUAUCAACUUAUGGUCACUUUCGGACUUCUUAUGUCAAACGUUAUAGCGGGUACGCUAACGCUUGAUGUUAACUCGGCUUUCUCAUAUAUUAAUCCGGUCUUUGUUGGAUGGAGACUUAUGCUUGGAUGUGCAGCAGUUCCAUCUCUUAUACAAUUUUUUGGUUUUUUAUUCUUACCAGAAAGUCCUCGAUAUUUAUAUGGCAAAGGAUUUUCUGAAGAAACAGAAUUGGUUUUAAAAAAGAUCUAUGCAAAUGAUGAAAAAUGGAUAAGUUAUGAGAUGGAAGAAAUCAAAAAAUGCGAUAAAGAAGAAAAAGAAGCUAAAGCAUCUGUUGGAGAUCAAAUUGUUCUAUGUCGUAUCUUACAGACAUCUCAUGUACUAAAGGCGUUAAUGAUCGGUUGUUGCUUACAAUUUCUUCAACAAUUAGCAGCUAUAAAUACAAUCAUGUAUGGUCAAGUUUAUACCAAUGAUACUUUUUUGAUAUUUAUAAAAGAAUACUCAAUUAAAAAGUUUUUUCAAAUAGUCUAUUAUCUAAGCCAUAUAAUAACGGCUGCAGGAAUUGACAAUAAUCAUACCACUCUAUGGAUAUCAACAGCUAUUGCCGUAAUUAAUUUCUUGGCAACAGUUAUACCGGCAGCAUUUGUGGAGAAAUUUGGUAGACGAAUAUUAUUACUAAUUUCUAUUGCCGGUGUUGAUUUGUCAUUAAUACUGUUGGCUAUAUCAUUUUUGUUGAUCAAUAAAGAUUCGGCAAAAACUUAUACUACUUCAAAUAUUACUGCUAAUCCAGACUCAAUUUCAAAUUAUUAUCAUUGCCAGUCUUUUAGUAACUGCGAUUCGUGUGUAACGGAUGAAAACUGUGGAUUCUGUCAUAGCGGCGACAACCGUCAACCAGGUGUUUGUCUACCGACAAAUGCGGACGAGACGGAUUAUGCGAUCGUUGGCGACUGUGUUGUUGGCUAUGAUGCCACUGUGUAUAAGUGGGAAAAUGAAUUCUGUAAAACUAAGUUUACUGUUAUGCCGAUUAUCGUUAUGGUUAUCUACUUGGCAUUCUUCGAGAUGGGUUUUGCACCACUUUCAUUUGUACUGAACGCUGAAUUUUAUCCUUUAUGGGCUCGAAGUACUGGUUGUGCGUUGGCUGUAGCAUUCAAUUGGAUUGGCAAUCUUAUCAUGUCUUUAACAUUUCUUAGUUUAUCUGAGGCAGCUACCAAAUACGGUGCAUUCUUUAUAUAUGCCGGCAUCACAGCUGCAGGUUUCGUUAUAUUUUACUUUACAAUACCGGAGACAAAAGGAAUGCCUAUUGAGCAGGUGGAGAUGCUGUUUAUGAGUGCCGCACAACGGCGUAAAGCCGAAUUAGCUAUGCAGCGUAAGAAGCAAAUUGAAGAAGCCAAUGAGAGCCUUGCUAAAACACAGAAUUCGGCAAGUGAUACAGUUUAA